AGAGGAGAGAGGAGAGGAGAGAGGGUGCGCGCCGUGGUUUCGCUGGGUUCCUCUGUACAGACUUCACCCUGGAGCUGUUUUGCACCCACGGCCGGGCUUGUUUCUGUGCUUUCAGGCGCGGUGCCCCCAUGCUCGGCUCUGGGACGAUGGACGAGGAGUUUGUAACCGAGGAAGAGGAGCCGUGGUACGAUCAGCAGGACUUGGAACAGGACUUGCAUCUGGCUGCAGAACUGGGCAAGACUCUGCUGGAGAGGAACAAGGAGCUGGAGGACUCUUUGCAGCAGAUGUACAUCACUAAUGAAGAGCAGGUGCAAGAGAUUGAGUACCUGUCUAAGCAGCUGGACGUUUUGCGGGACAUGAACGAACAACACGCCAAAGUCUACGAGCAGCUGGACGGGACGGCCCGAGAGCUAGAGCGCACCAACCACACUCUGGUGCAGGACAGCAAGAGCUCUCAGCACAAGAUCGAGAGCCUUAGCGGGUGCAUCGAGGUGCUGCAGAAGCAGGUGGAGACUCUGACGGGCCAGUUGGAGCAGCUCCGGUCCAUGGAGCAGCUGCGAGUGCGGAGGGAGAAGAGGGAGAGGAGGAAGACCAUCCACUCCUUCCCCUGUCUGAGAGAGCUGUGUACUGCACCCAAGUAUGAGGAUGAGUUUGUGGUGGGGCGGGCGGAGAGCUUCUCUGUGGAGACUAAGCAGCAGCCGUGCGAGGAGGAGGAGAACCUGCAGCUCCGCGAGGCCGUGUCCUCCCUGAGAGCCGCCAUAAGGACCGAGAGAGGGCGCCGGGAUGCAGUGGAGAAGGAGUGCCACCUGCUGCUGGCCGAGUUCUCCCGACUGCAGACACGAGUGCAGGACGCUGAAAGCUGCCAGGCGCGAGUGCGAGAGCUGGAGGUGGAACUCCUGGAGCUCCAGCAGCUUCGUCGCGCUCGCACCUACCUCCUGAGCAGCGACGAGGACGGGCUCACCCUCACCCAGACCGUUCUCCACAGCACCCCUGAGAUCGACACCUUCAUGGACUCGGCAGGGGAGGAGGGUGGAGGCGUGCGGGAGACCACCCAGCACGGCCAAGGAGCGGGAGGCGAAACCUUACCUGACUCCAGCCCCGUGAGGAAGAGCUGCAGCGACACCGCCCUGAACGCCAUCGUGGCCCGGGACCCUUCAGGCCGCAGGAGGGGCAGCUACGCUCUCCAUGCUAACAGCGUGCGCAAACGGGGGAUGUCCAUUCUGCGCGAGGUGGACGAGCAGUACCACGCCCUGCUGGAGAAGUACGAAGAGCUCCUGGGCAAGUGCAGGCGUCACGAGGAGAGUCUGUGCCACGCCGAGGUGCAGACGUCCCGCCCGGUGUCCCGCGACCCGUCCAUGAAAGACUGCGCCGCCGUGGCUCCUGUGCCGGCCCCGCCCCCCACCACGCCCACACAGGAGUCGCCGUCCACACCUGAAGCCAUGGAGAGCAUCAGCAGGCAGGUGGAGGCCGUGGACAAGAGAUUAGGGCAGAACACGCCUGAGUACAAGACGCUGUUCAAGGAGAUAUUCUCACGCAUCCAGAAAACCAAGAUGGACAUCAAAGCCACGAAAGCAGCUAAAGCGAAAGGGAAAUCAGGCAAAGCUAGCAAACACUAAGAAAGCCGUAUGGUUUUAUUAAAGUGGAACUAAACACUAAAUCAACUGUUUUUGCUACGUAACUGUGUACAUGGCGUUUUAAUAGCAUUGUGUUCUGUUCCUUGUCCUUUUUGGCUAUUUCAAGUGCUACAUGAUAUCACACAUGACUGCCCUGCUUACAGCCAUUACUUUCUGAUUACCAACACCUGGCUGCAAGGGCAGAGUUUGAAGUGUGGAUACCUGUUAAACCAAUCACACUGUUCCUUCCUCCUUCCUCACUUUCUUCUCUAGUCCUGCCCAGUUUAGCAGCUCUAUUUGAAAUGUGUUUAUAGGAGGAGUUUAGGUGUUUAGUUCCACUUUAAAAGGAAAAGUUGAGUUGAUUGUGCUAUCUGUGACCACUGAUGUCCAUGAUUUAUUCCUGAUAAUCGAGUGAUGGACAGAAAUUUAUAACUUUAGAAUGAUCUUGAGCUGUAGAACAACUGUAAGACUUAGUAUACGCCCAUGGACCACUAUGGAACCUACACGGAUGACUGAGAUAUAAGGCCACAUGGUAAUAUAAAAGUACUAUGAUGUAAUGCUGAAAAUCAAAUUCUGUUGGCUAAAUAGUGUUUUUAUUAUCAUUGUAGUAUCAGAAUCAAUAUCGAGUAUCAAGUCUAUUCCUUAGUAUUGAAAUCAAGUUUGAAAUUUUAGUAUCGUUACAACACUAAUCUAUUGUAAGAAACAAGGUCCCUCAUCAAUACGUUACAUAAUUUCAGUGUUCAAUUGGGUGGAGAUGGAUGAGUUGCACUGGGAGCACAAAAAACUGUUGCAUGUACAGUAAUAUAAUUUAAAAAAUGUUCCCUAAAUGACCUUUUCUAACCCAUUAUUUAGCUAUUUUAUCAAUAUUAUAAUCAGGUAGAAAUAUUUUUAACCUUACUCUAUA